UUGAUGCGAAAACUAGAAAUUUGGGUGAAAAUAGUAACAAUAGCAAAAACAAGUUUAAAUGUUUAUUUAUUUUGUUUAAAUAAAAAUGGUAGAAAUAGCAAUAAGAUCAACGUGGACGCGCUUGAAACAGUAUCAAUGGGCGACAUUUUUUCAUAUGUUUUACAUCGAACCUAUUGUUUUUAUAUUGGUAUUUUCUCACAGUUUAUCAGGAACAAUUAUGAGAAAUGAAGUUAUAUAUCAAGCAUGCACUACAAUUUUUGGUUAUAAUGAAAGUGAUUGCCAACAACUAGGAACAAAAAACGUUACCGGCUAUUUGCAGGAAAUCGAAACAGAAAUUCAGCCCUAUGUAGCAAAUUUGUUUAUGAUACGGACUCUUCUCGAAAGUAUAGUUCCAGCGAUCUGUGGAGUAUUUAUUGGAUCAUGGUCUGAUCAUUAUGGUCGUAAGCCACUAUUAUUGGUAUCAAUGAUAGGCUUUUCUUGUACUUAUGUUAUUGCGGCAAUAAUUUGCGAAUUAUCAAAUUAUUAUCCAGUUAAUCCUUGGUAUUACAUAUUGGCCGUAAUUCCUCACUCAAUCUUAGGCGGUAAUUGUGUGUUUUCAGUUGCUGCAUUUUGUUUUAUAUCCGAUGUAACAGACACUAAAACAAGACCGUAUAGAAUGAUUUCAUUGGAAGCGUUUUUAUCAAUUGGUCUUAUGGCCGGUUCAUUACUCUCUAGUUUUGUGUAUGCUGCCACUAGUGCCACCUUCACAUUUUCUUUAUCGGGUGUGUUAAUGUGUUUAGCGACUGCUUAUAUAGCAUUGUAUGUACCCGAAAGUUUGAAAUUCAAGUCCACAGAAACUGAAUCAAACACUGUGCAAAAGUGUUGCAACGAUCUUCCUUUGAAAUGCACAAUAUUAACGAGUACAUUAGAAUUAACGGCAGAUUGCAACGAGAACGAUAAGAAAAAUGUCGAUAGGGACAAUUUUCACGAUGUCGACCUACGAAAUGAUGGCGAAGUACCGAGAGUAUUGGCAAAUGAAACUCUGGACCAAAAGAGCAAAGUUCAUGAAGAAGAGGCCAAAUCCGCCGGCUUAUUUAGUUACAUACAUGUCAAGGAUAUGUGGAUUACAUGCUUUAAAGCACGACCCUGUUAUGAUCGCAGUAUUAUUUUAUUAGUUACUGGCACUAUGUUUUUGUCUAUUUUCGUUUUGGACGGUGCAAUGACAGUGUUCUAUUUAUUUGUACGAGAAAAAUUUCAAUGGACUGUGAGGGAAUUUACAUUCUAUGAAACAAUAAGCCACGUUACAUCGGUGUUUGGAGCAUUAAUUGGAUUUUUAAUAAUGCGAAAGGUUUUUAAUUUGUCAGUGGUUACUUUAGCGUUGGUAGCUUUCUUCAGUGAUAUUAUUCGCAGUAUUAUACAAGGUGUAGCAACGGAAGCAUGGCACCUAUAUUUAGGAAUUGCUGCAGGAGCUUUGAAAGCUGUUGGAGGUCCAAUGUGUCGUACAAUUGUUUCCAAUAUUGUACCUACCACCGAUUUAGGUAAAAUCUUUUCAAUAAAAAAUAUCUUGCAGUCAAUUGCUCCAUUCUUAGCAGCUCCUUUAUAUACAAUCAUUUAUAAAGCAUCUUUAACAUCAUUCCCUGGUUUAUUCAAUAUAAUCAGCGCAAUAUUUUAUUUCGUUGCAUUUAUAUUUCUACUAUUUGUUUUACGUUUUAAAUUGUAUAACAAAGAACAUUAUGGUCAAAUAUUAAAGUAGUUCGUUCGAUCUCAUCGUUACACGUAUGUAUGUUUUUUAUGUAUUUGUUGUUAGUCAAAUAAUUUAAAUGCUAUUUUAUAUACAUAUGUAAAUACAUACAAAUAAAUUGCCAAUUAUUUAUUUCAAAUAACAAAAUGUUACAAAUUCAAACUAUAAACAAGA